CGGCGGCGACCACCGACGCGCUGCAGCCUCCUCUCGCUCUCCCAUUGUCUGCGGCUGGCCGCGUCAGAGCGGCGGUUGAGGCGUUUGAAUUAACGGCCCGCCCGCCAUGAGAUUUUAAACCAUCCUCCAUUUUAUCUGUGGGGAGCCGGCGGAGCGCCUUCAGCGCCGGCAUUUUGUUUACGCGUUGGCAGCUGCUCGAAGGCGACGAUCGGGAAGAAGGAGAAGCUGCCUUGGUCCACCCGUCAACACCCACCGGGAGACCGGCGGCCUCGCAGUCGAGGCGGGCUCCCCGAUCCCCCGUCAGGGCGAACAAGCGGGCAUCGGCCUCCAGCCUCCAUUCGCGCUCCCUUUCUCCUCGGUCAGCGGGCGGGCGGUCACCGAUGUGACGGCGGUGCAGGGCAGGACCGGGCUGGAAGAUCGGGCGGUUUGAAGCCAUCGCCGGGUCCCCCGGGGGAAGCGAACGAGAGCCAGGCGGGGGGAGUGAGUCCCAGUUUAAAGGCCAACUGAGCGGGGCAGGCGAGGCAGCCCUCGGGAAGAUGUCCAAGGGAGACGGAGAGUCCGGCGGGUUGACCUGGGUGACAUUGUUCAGCAAUCAGAAAAGUCUUGCAAAUAAGGAAGAAAUAAAUGCUAAAGCUGACACUUCAAAAAAGAUGUCAGAAGCUUCCAAGAAAAUGUCUGUGGAGAGAGUUUACCAGAAGAAAACACAGCUGGAACACAUUCUCCUCCGUCCAGACUCGUACAUUGGCUCAGUGGAGCCUGUAACCCAGUCAAUGUGGGUAUAUGAUGAAGAUGUUGGUAUGAACUUGAGGGAUGUUACCUUUGUUCCUGGCUUGUACAAAAUAUUUGAUGAGAUUCUAGUUAAUGCAGCUGAUAACAAGCAGAGGGACAAGAAUAUGACCUGUAUCAAAGUUUCAAUUGAUGUGGAUUCCAACAUCAUUAGCAUUUGGAAUAAUGGGAAAGGCAUUCCAGUAGUGGAGCACAAAGUAGAAAAAGUAUAUGUACCUGCUUUGAUUUUUGGGCAGCUCUUAACAUCAAGUAACUAUGAUGACGAUGAAAAGAAAGUCACAGGUGGAAGAAAUGGCUACGGUGCUAAACUCUGCAACAUAUUUAGCACCAAGUUUACAGUAGAAACUGCUUGCAAGGAAUACAAAAGCAGUUUUAAGCAGACAUGGACAAAUAAUAUGAACAAAUCAUCUGAGUCGAGGAUUAAAUAUUUUGAUGGAGAUGAUUACACGUGUAUCACAUUCCAACCUGAUCUGCCAAAAUUCAAGAUGGAAAAACUGGAUAAAGAUAUAGUGGCACUUAUGACUCGAAGAGCUUACGAUGUAGCUGGGUCAUGUAAAGGAGUCAAAGUCAUGCUUAAUGGAAAGAAAUUGCCAAUAAAUGGAUUCCGGAGCUAUGUUGACCUUUAUGUGAAAGAUAAAUUGGAUGAAACUGGCAUUGCUCUGAAAGUGGUUCAUGAAGUAGUGAAUGAUCGUUGGGAGGUGUGCCUGACCAUGAGUGAGAAAGGCUUCCAGCAAGUCAGCUUUGUAAAUAGCAUUGCUACCACAAAGGGUGGUAGACAUGCUGAUUAUGUGGUUGACCAAAUUGUUAGUAAAUUGAUUGAAGUUGUGAAAAAGAAAAACAAAGCUGGAGUAUCAGUAAAACCUUUUCAGGUAAAAAAUCAUUUAUGGGUCUUUGUCAACUGUCUGAUUGAAAACCCGACAUUUGAUUCACAAACAAAAGAAAACAUGACUCUUCAGCCGAAGAGCUUUGGAUCCAAAUGCAUACUUUCUGAGAAGUUCUUCAAGGGGGCAAACAACUGUGGCAUUGUUGAAAGUAUACUAAAUUGGGUAAAAUUUAAAGCCCAGACCCAACUUAACAAGAAGUGUUCCUCAGUAAAACACAGCAAAAUUAAAGGCAUUCCAAAACUAGAUGAUGCCAAUGAUGCAGGUGGAAGGCAUUCUUCGGAUUGUACUUUGAUUCUGACAGAAGGAGACUCAGCCAAAUCCUUGGCUGUGUCAGGUCUAGGUGUCAUUGGCCGUGAUAGAUAUGGUGUGUUCCCACUGAGGGGUAAAAUUCUUAAUGUUCGGGAAGCUUCACAUAAACAGAUAAUGGAGAAUGCAGAAAUCAACAACAUUAUCAAGAUAGUAGGUCUUCAGUACAAGAAAAGUUACGAUGAUGCAGAAUCACUGAAAUCUCUUCGCUAUGGCAAGAUUAUGAUCAUGACUGAUCAGGAUCAGGAUGGCUCUCACAUCAAAGGCUUGCUGAUUAACUUCUUUCAUCACAACUGGCCAUCUCUUUUGAGACACCAUUUCUUGGAGGAAUUCAUUACUCCUAUAGUAAAGGCUACCAAAAAUAAACAAGAAUUGGCAUUCUACAGCAUUCCUGAAUUUGAUGAGUGGAAAAAACAAGCAGAAAACAACAAAUCUUGGAAAGUAAAAUACUACAAAGGUCUCGGUACCAGCACGGCAAAAGAGGCAAAAGAAUACUUCGCUGAUAUGGACAGACACCGCAUAAUGUUUAGAUACACUGGCCCAGAGGAUGAUGCUGCAAUAACCCUGGCUUUCAGCAAAAAGAAAAUAGAUGAUCGAAAAGAAUGGCUGACCAAUUUCAUGGAAGAUCGAAGGCAGAGAAGGCUACAUGGAUUGCCAGAGCAAUAUUUAUAUGGAACAACAACUAGGCACCUGACAUAUAAUGACUUCAUCAAUAAGGAAUUAAUCCUUUUCUCAAAUUCUGACAAUGAAAGGUCCAUUCCUUCUCUUGUUGACGGUUUAAAACCUGGUCAGCGAAAAGUGUUAUUUACAUGUUUUAAAAGAAAUGACAAACGAGAAGUCAAGGUUGCUCAAUUGGCAGGUUCUGUGGCUGAAAUGUCUGCCUAUCAUCAUGGUGAGCAAGCACUUAUGAUGACCAUUGUAAACUUGGCUCAAAACUUUGUUGGAAGUAAUAAUAUAAGUUUAUUGCAACCAAUUGGGCAAUUUGGUACCAGACUGCAUGGCGGGAAAGAUGCUGCCAGUCCCCGUUACAUUUUCACUAUGUUAAGUCCAUUGGCACGUUUGCUUUGCCCUCAUAUGGAUGACAACUUAUUGAAAUUCCUUUACGAUGACAACCAGCGAGUGGAGCCAGAGUGGUACUGCCCCAUAAUUCCCAUGGUCCUCGUUAAUGGAGCUGAAGGAAUUGGUACGGGAUGGGCUUGUAGAAUUCCUAAUUAUGACACCAGGGAACUAGUCAAUAAUGUCAGACGGAUGCUGGAUGGCUUGGAUCCCCUUCCUAUGCUACCAAGCUACAAGAACUUCAAAGGGACAAUUCAUGAAGUGGGCCAAAACCAAUAUGUUGUUAGUGGUGAAAUAUUAGUUUUGGAUCGGAAUACCAUAGAAAUUACAGAACUUCCAGUUAGGACUUGGACACAGGCAUACAAAGAACAAGUUCUAGAGCCAAUGCUCAAUGGAACUGAAAAGACACCAGCUUUGAUAAAUGACUACAAAGAAUAUCACACUGAUGCCACAGUCAAGUUUGUGGUAAAAAUGUCAGAGGAGAAACUUGCACAAGCAGAAGCUGUUGGUUUGCACAAGGUGUUCAAACUACAAACGACUCUCACUUGCAACUCUAUGGUCCUUUUUGAUCACAUGGGUUGCAUGAAGAAAUAUGAAACCGUGCAAGACAUCUUAAAGGAAUUCUUUGAUUUAAGGUUACAUUAUUACAGUUUGAGAAAAGAGUGGUUGUCAGGAAUGCUGGGGGCAGAGUCUUCAAAGUUAAACAACCAAGCUCGCUUCAUUAUAGAGAAAAUACAAGGGAAGAUUACAAUUGAGAAUAAAUCAAAGAAGGACCUUUACCAAAUGCUCAUCCAGCGGGGCUAUGAAUCUGACCCAGUUAAAGCCUGGAAAGAUGCACAAGAGAAGACAGCAGCAGAAGAGGAUUUAUUGGAACUAGAUGAUGGCACUUCAAGUGUUUCAGGUGCUGGAUCUGGACCAGACUUCAACUACAUCUUGAACAUGCCUCUUUGGUGCCUUACAAAGGAAAAAGUAGAUGAACUACUGAAACACAGGGAUUCAAAAGGAAAGGAGCUUGAUGACCUCAAAAGAAAGAGUGCUUCUGAUCUUUGGAAGGAUGACCUUGCUGCUUUUAUUGAAGAGCUUGAUCGUGUGGAAGCUCAAGAGAGAGACGAUGCUCUAUCAGGAUUUGUUGGCAAGGUGGUCAAGGGAAAAGUUGGUAAACCAAAACUCAAAAAGAUGCAGCUUGAAGAGACUCUGCCUUCAGUCCAUGGCAGGAGAAUUGAACCUGUCAUUUCGUUGGCAAUAAAAGCAGAUGGCACAAAAAAAUUGAUGAAGAAGAAAGGAAAGGGUGAUGCAGAUGCAAUAAAGCUGGAAUUUGAUGAAGAGGUUGGGGCAGCAAUAGGAGAAGGAAAUGGAGUAGCAGUGGACACAAGUGAGGCAAAAGUUAAAGCUCCACGCCUGAAGAAAGAGAAGAAGGAACCUGGUGCCAGAGCAAGAAAAACACCUCAGACUUCCAAAUCUCAAGUCAAAAAGGGAAAGAAAAAGAACCCCUGGUCUGAUUCAGAAUCCAAGUCAGAUGAUGACCUUGAAGAACCCGACUUGACGUAUAUUCCAAGAGAGAUCACGCCUCGUAGAGCUGCAGCUGAAAAGCCAAAGUAUACUUUUGAUUUCUCCGAAGAGGAAGCAGAUGACGAUGAGGAUUUGAAAAUGAAAUCCGAAUCUCCAAGUGUGGAAGAAAGGGAUGCUGAAUUUGUUCCUUCAGACAACGGUGGAAAGGAUGAAGAUGAUGAUGAUGAUGAUGAUUUUUUCACCACCAAAUCAAAGCAGACAUCUCUGCAUGCUGGGAAGGUUACCCCACAGCCCACAAAAAACCAUGAGCCAGAAAAUAUAUUCUCUUCAUCAUCAUAUCAUGAGAGAUCAGAAGAAACAGAUAUAUUAAAAUCAGACAGCGAUGAAGCAUCCUCUCUAGUAUAUUCAUCUCUCAGCAGUAUCAAAAGCUCUCACAAGUCUCCUGUGAAAUCACAGACACUUACACCUGCUGCUAAGAAAGCAGUGAAAAAAACAUCCAACCCUGAUGGUACCUCCAAGCCUAAGCGACCACCUAAGCCGAAGAAAUCAGACCCUGUGGAUUCUGACUCUGACUUGGGCUGUGGCAUGCCGAAAAAGGCAACAACAGCAAAACGGAAGCAGCCGCCCAAACCGAAGAAAGCAGAACGUUCAGACUCUGAUUCUGAAUCAGACUUGGACUUUGGCAUGCCAAAGAAAGCGGGAGGUACAAAAGGUAAAAGUCGCGGAAAGAAGAGAAAACAAUCUGGCUCAGAAGAUGAUGAAUAUUCUCCUUUGAAGAAGCCCAAUAAGUCAUCAGCAAGCAAGAAAUCAAAGAAGUCAUUGUAUAAUGAUGAUGGUGAAAAUGAUUUCGAGACAGCUGACUGCAUUCGAUCAAGCACACAUUCUGAUGCAUCUCAGUCGAGGCUGGGCCGAGCCAAGAAAGAGGUGAAAUAUUUUAUAGAAUCAGAUGAAGAUGAUUACAACGAUGAUAUGUAUGAUUAACUGUUUAAAAGAAUAAUUCCAGAAAAAUAAUGUAUCUUGUGUCUCUUUAUUUUUAUCUCUUCUAUCCAAUUCUUUUGUACAUUUUGGCUCGUUUUUUGUGAAAUUGUACCUGUUUUUAUUGUGUGUAGAUGUUCUUAACAUUUUAUCAUGCAUACAUGCAAUUUUACUCACUUUUUUUACUUAUUAUAAAAUUCAUGUCCGUUUUGAGUAGACUCGUAGAAAUGUGAUAGAUUGCUGAAAGCACACAUUUUAACUGUUUGAGUGAAAGAAUUGAAAAUCUGAAUGCUUUUUUUUUAAAUGAUCUUGAAUAAACUUUUAGAAACAGA